UGAAAACCGAGGGGGGAAAAAGGUUGAUCAUUAUAACUUAAGGGGUCAAUGGUACAAUCCUAAAGCAAAUCUGGCGAUACGCCCUUCGACAUGGUGAAAGCAGACGCGGAGGUGUAGUGUCACUGCUACAGCCGAUGUGAAUGAAUCACCGGAAAAAUCAAUACAAAUGUUGCGAUCUCUCCGAAUCAAGCGAUCCCUCCAAUCCUCCGUUAUCCACCGCAAAAACCCACAUUUCAACAACACCCUCGAAACCCUAUCUUCUUCACCUACCACUAAAACCCCUCUAAUAAAUCUCAUACGUCAAUUUUCUUCAUCAUCUCCACCGCCGCCAACACCGCCGCCGCUAUCCGCCACGCCAUCUACUUCCUCUGAACUCCGGAAGUACCUCGGAUACUCCGCACUCCUCCUCAGCUGCGCCGUCGCCACUUACUACUCCUUCCCUUUCCCUGAAAACGCAAAACACAAAAAGGCCCAACUCUUCCGGUACGCCCCUCUUCCCGAUGACCUCCACACGGUCGUUAAUUGGAGCGGGACUCACGAGGUACAGACCCGGGUCUUCCUCCAACCCGAAAGUUUAGAAGAAUUGGAGAAGAUUGUGAAGGAUGCCAACGAGAAGAAGCAGAAGAUCCGUCCUGUUGGAUCCGGGUUAUCUCCAAAUGGGAUCGGUUUGGCCCGUGGUGGGAUGGUGAAUCUGGCUUUGAUGGAUAAAGUUUUGGAGGUUGAUAAAGAGAAGAAAACGGUUCGGGUACAGGCAGGCAUUCGAGUCCAGCAACUUGUCGAUGCCAUCAAGGAUUAUGGCAUUACUUUGCAGAACUUUGCGUCUAUUAGAGAACAACAAAUUGGUGGCAUUGUUCAGGUAGGUGCUCAUGGUACUGGUGCAAAGUUGCCUCCGAUUGAUGAGCAGGUUAUCAGCAUGAAAUUGGUUACCCCUGGAAAGGGAACAAUCGAAAUUUCAAAAGACAAAAACCCUGAACUGUUCUAUUUAGCUCGAUGUGGGCUUGGUGCAUUUGGGGUUGUUGCUGAAGUUACUCUCCAAUGUGUUGAGAGACAGGAACUUGUAGAACACACAUUUGUCUCAAACUUGAGUGAAAUCAAGAAGAAACAUAAAAAGCUUCUAAAUGACAACAAGCAUGUAAAGUACCUUUACAUACCAUAUACAGACACUGUUGUAGUGGUGACAUGUAACCCUGUUUCCAAAUGGAAAGGCCCACCCAAAUUUAAGCCCAAGUAUAGCCUCGAUGAAGCUUUACAACCUGUUCGUGAUCUAUACAAAGAAUCAUUAGAAAAGUACAAACGCCAACCAAAUGAAAACGACUCAAAGCUUUCAGACCUUACAUUUACUGAACUAAGAGACAAGUUACUAUCCAUUGAUCCUCUUAACAAAGACCAUGUUAAGAAAAUCAAUGAAGCAGAAUCCGAAUUUUGGAAGAGAUCAGAGGGAUUCAGGGUAGGGUGGAGUGAUGAAAUUUUAGGGUUUGACUGUGGAGGUCAACAAUGGGUCUCUGAGACAUGUUUUCCAGCUGGAACUUUAUCAAAACCAAACAUGAAAGAUCUUAAAUUUAUAGAAGAAGUUAUGGAAUUAAUAGAAAAAGAAGAGAUUCCUGCUCCUUCACCUAUAGAACAACGAUGGUCUGCUUCUAGCAAAAGUUUGAUGAGUCCUGCUUCCAGUGAAUCAAAUGAUGAUAUUUUCUCAUGGGUGGGUAUAAUUAUGUAUCUUCCUACAUCAGAUGCUCGACAAAGGAAACAAAUAACAGAAGAAUUUUUUCAUUAUAGGCAUCUCACUCAAACACGUUUUUGGAAUCAAUAUUCAGCUUUUGAACAUUGGGCUAAAAUUGAGGGAUAA